CCGAACCGCUCGCGCCUCCCCCUCUCCUCCCUUCUCUCUCCAGGCGCGCCCCACCCUCCGCCCCGCGCUCCCCUCGCGCAGGCACCGGCCGGCGGGCGCGGGGAGUGGGGAGCGGGCGGCGCUCGCCGCUGCGGAGCCGCCUCCUGGCCGCGGCCGCCGCGCAUAGUCCAGACCGCACCUCCCGGGCCGCCGCCUCCUGGCUGACCGCACCGACUGCGCCCGACAGCCCGAGCCGGGACGCAGGCUCCCAGCGCCCCGCAGACGGGCAGGAGGCGGUGGACGCCCAGCCGGCAGCCCGCAGCAUGGAUUCGGAUUCCGGCGAGCAAAGUGAGGGCGAGCCCACGACCGCCGCAGUCACGAAUUGGCAGAGGAGUGAGGACAUCUCCAAGGACCACUUACUCUUUACCCCUUUCAAGAGACUUUUCCGGAGAUCUCCUCAGCACCAGCAGAUCUCUCAUCUAGCACCACCAUGCAUAGGAGGGCCAAGCGGGGGUCCCGAUGUGUUUAGUUCAAAGAGUUUUGCCCUUCAAGCCCAGAAGAAGAUUCUGAGCAAAAUAGCCAGCAAGACCGUGGCCAACAUGCUGAUUGAUGACACCAGCAGUGAGAUCUUUGAUGAGCUCUACAAAGUCACCAAAGAGCACACCCACAACAAGAAGGAAGCCCACAAGAUCAUGAAAGACUUAAUCAAGGUGGCCAUCAAAAUCGGGAUCCUCUACCGGAACAACCAGUUCAACCAGGAGGAGGCUGCUAUCGUGGAGAAGUUCAGGAAGAAGCUGAACCAGACGGCCAUGACCAUCGUCAGCUUCUAUGAGGUGGACUACACCUUCGAUAGGAACGUGCUCUCCAAGCUCCUACACGAGUGCAAGGACCUGGUGCAUGAACUGGUGCAGCGACACCUGACCCCCAGGACCCACGGGCGCAUCAACCACGUCUUCAACCACUUUGCUGAUGUGGAGUUCCUCUCCACCCUUUAUAGUCUGGAUGGAAACUGUAGACCAAGCCUCAAGAGGAUGUGUGAAGGAAUCAACAAAUUGCUAGAUGAGAAAGUCCUCUGAAUAUCUUCCCUCCUCCUGGACUUUGCUGCAUUCCAGUCACAGCCCUCCAGUGUGGUCUGGGUGAGAGUCAAGAACGGGAAGAAACCCUCGUCGAAGACGCCCAUGUUCUGUCCUUUUCAUCCCUCUGAUGUGGAUGCCGAAUUGAGCUCAGGUGUGUUUAUCCCCUGAGCUUGCUGACGAGGUCUGUACUUUAAAUCACCUUUGUUUGUGAGCCCAAAGGACAUGUCUUCUAUGCUAAGCAGAAAGGCUGCCCUGCUCAUCAAGGAGAGCUCAGUUCAUCUGUGGAGUAGAAGGAGCCCUGGCCCAGGAGGCAGGGGACAUGGGUUUGGUUCCCAGCUCCACCAGUUAUGACUCCAUCCUCUGGUUCCUUCCCCUCCUGCCUGCUCCCUGGGCUGCUGUGAGGAUCAAAUGAAACAAUGUCCCACGAUUUUGAAAACGCUAAUGUAGGGUCUUCUUUUCCCUUCAGAGUGUGAGAGGAAUCCACUUGGAUCUAGACUAUUAAGCAGCAGAGAACAGAACAAUAGUCUCUGGUGGGCUGGGUUUGCAAUCUGUCUCCAGAUGUGCUAUUUCAAACAAAUUUAAAAUGAAUCUAAAGGUGUGAAAAAGUAUAGCUGCACAUUGGGAAAAUGUUUUUCAAAAGCUCUGUUUUCUGGAUCUUAGAUGUGCGGUUUUAUGAUCCUCCAGCGGGCAGGUAGAGUCCCACCCGUCACGCAGAAGCAGAGAACUGUGCUCCCUGCAGGACCACCCUCCCUCCUCUAAGGGGCACAGUCCGUGAGGCAUAGGAGGGUUUAUUCCAGCUGCACAGGAGAGUCAGGCAAAGUGAACCCCUACCUAUCUUUCUUGGCUUCUCAUAGUCAUUUUGUGCUGUUUUCUCUAGUUUGUUAAUACAUUGAAACUACCCUUCCACCAAGAAGUUUUGGAAUUGUGAUUCAAAAAUAAAAUUCCUGCCCUGACUGGGUGCUCAGUUGGUUGGAACAUCGUCCCAUGCACCAGAAGGUUGCAGGUUGGAUUCCCGGUUGGGGUUGUACUGGAGACAACUGAUCAGUGUUUCUCUUUCACAUCAAUGUUUCUCUCUCUCUCUUUCCCUUCUUCUCUCUCUAAAUCCUCAGGUGAGGAUAAAAAAUAAAAUUCCUUGGAGUUAGAUACAGUGUUAAGGAUAAUGGGAUUUAAAGGAAGAAGAAAAUGAAGAGUAAGGCCUCUGCACUUAGACCCUGCGGGGAAGUCGCCCAGGGGAAACGAGGUGGGGUAUGUGUCCCUGGUCCAGGGGGAGCCAACUCACAGACAUGGUGACUGCCUCUUUUGAAUGUCUCACACUUCGCUUUCACACUGUGGCUUCUGACAUUUUCAUCAAAGUCAUAAUAAACAUCAGGACAAUG